CCGGCGAGGGCGGAGACUCGGGGGCGGCGCUUGGGUUUGUUGGCGGAAGCAGCUGCGGGCUGGAGGGGACGUGGCUGGGGCUGCGCUUGCGCCUGCUGAGGCCGCCUACAGCUCUCCGUGUCCUGCGGAUACCACGACAGCACGCGGAGGCUGCCUGGGCAUAGGGCAAAGCUGCUCCUGCAGGUCUCCUGCUCUCAUAAUCUCUGGGAUUCUUCUGAGUAGACUUUUCUUGCCCAGACUUAAGUUUGAUUUGCAGUUUGCAUCAUCUGUUUCCCCAAAAUUUGGAGCUUCUACUUGAGGAUUUAGUUGUAGUUGCACAGUGCCUUCCUCUGAAAUUAGAUAUACUAUGAAUAAAAUGAAGCCUUCUAUAUCACACUGUUUGACCCUGGGUUAUUUUUUAAUGUUUUUCUAUUGUGGGUGUACUUCAGCGAAAUUCCUUGAAAGUGACUGCCACCCACAUACUUGGGACAAGUUGAUCCUUGUUCAUCAUUGGCCAGUGACCGUAUGCAAGAUGAAUAUGAAUGACUGUGAUGAUCCCCCACAGUACUGGACAAUCCAUGGAUUAUGGCCAGAUAAAGGAGAAGACUGUAACAGAACAUGGCACUUCAAUGUGAAUGAGAUUGAGGAUCUUCUACCAGACAUGAGACAAUACUGGCCUGAUAUACUUCAUUCAUCUCUAAAUCGCACCCGUUUCUGGAAGCAUGAAUGGGAGAAACAUGGAACCUGUGCAGCCACAAUAGAGCCUCUUAAUUCUCAAAAGAAAUAUUUUGGUAAAGCAUUGGAUCUCUAUCACAAGGUGGACCUCAACAGUUACCUCUUGAAAGUUGGAAUAAAACCAGGCCAUACGUAUUACCAGAUGAGUGCCAUAAAAGAAGCCCUUACAAGUUUUUAUGGAGUGACACCAAAAAUACAGUGCAUUCCUCCAGAAGAGGAUGAAGAUGUGCAAACGAUUGGUCAAAUUGAAUUCUGUUUCACCAAAGAAUUGGAGCUGAGAAACUGCACACACUCGAAGACUAAUUUCUUCUUAAUGCAGAAUGACUUGCAAUUCAGACAUGAGGAGCUGUCUAUCUGUAAUGAUACCCUGACAAGUUACCCUUUAGAGGUUUAAUUUUAAAACUGAAGCAACAAGAGCUUGACAUGUUUUGUUGUAAAUACCUUAAAAGAAAAAAAAGAUCUUGGAAAGCAAUAGAACAGCCCUUUUUCAGUAGGUGAUGAUACUACACUUGCAUAUGUUGCUGGAAUCUUGGAAGCAUUAAUGCUUUUGAAGUACUGCCAGUGGAAAGCGCUUUUCAGUUAGAGGCAAUGGUCAUUCUAAUCUCCAUUACAAAGGUGCUAAUCUAUUUUAAAUUUUAUAAGUAAAUGAGAUAAGAAUAUGGUUCACUUUUUUUAAAAGGAAAGUACGCUUAAAAGUGAGAACUGUGACUUAAAAGUCCAUGGCUUUGUUUCCAAGAAGACUGAUUCUUUAUUUGGCUAUUUUCUUUUGUAUUUGCAAACAGAGCAUGACUUAACCCCUUGGCCCAAAA